CGCGAUUCUCAAUGCUCAGUUCUGAGGGCUUUGGCAGAGCGCUAGGUCAUGUUGUCGACUCGGAGGCAAAAUUCGUCUGGUCCCGAUCUAGAAGCAUCCCAACUCCAGCGUCCCCGAAACAUUUAGAGGGCAGAGAUGGUGUAGCGUGUAUAACCCAGCUGCUCCGCUCAGUAUAGUAGAGAGGAACGUUACCCUACCUGGCUCAAUAUGGUCUUUCUCUUUACAUGCCCCAUCUCCCACCCAUACCUCCACAACAAGAGCGACCGCUCAAGUGCGACCAACGUCCUCAAUCUUUCAACAGGAACCAUGAUCUCAAGAGACAUAAACGCGUCCAUAUUACUGUGAAACCAUUAUCAUGUCAUAAUUGCGACAACAGCUUCUCUCAAAAAGACGCGCUCAAGAGGCAUAGGCUCGUGAAAGGUUGUGGGGAGAAAGUGAGAGACCCCGGCCCAAGCAAUAUCGACAAGAGCAGGCCCGCUCGCGAAUCAAGAGUCGAGUCGCCAGAUGCCGACGUUUCGAUCAACACCACUUCCGGUUUCUCAUUUAGGGACGGUCCCCUCUCGAUAAACCAGGAUGUCAGGAGCGGUACCAACAUCAAGAUGGAAACCCCAGAAUCACCUUGA